AUGCCGCGGUGCCCGCUUCAGAAGGAGAUCACGCGCGCAGCAGGUCCAAGUGAGCAUUAUGGCUUCACCCAGCAAGUUGAUGCAAGAAGGCACAUGGACGCCGCAGGCAUCGCGCCUCCCGUAGGCAGACAGGAAUCCGACUUCGACAGUGAUCCCCCGGCGCUGCGUGGUCAACUGGGAAAGUGGAGCGUAGAUCCGGCGUGCCUCUCAUGCGGCACGUCGGAUUGCCUGUCUGGCCUCUGCACCGGCCUUGACCGAACAAAUCUGUUCGAGCUGCACCAUCUUCUGGAGAUUACGAAGAGGGGAGCAGCUGUCAUUGCUGGGACGGUGGAGGUCCGUGUGUCGGUGGCGGAAGAUGUGGAGCAUCUAGCUGUCGAUAGCGCGGCAGGGGGGAGUACGAUUACCGAAACAGGAACAGGCAUAUCGAAAGAACCCGAAAUCAAAGUUCGACCGAGAGAGUUUCCAAAGUCCCCUAUGGAUCAGCUUGGGUCACUGCGAUCUAGACGUACACCCACAGACCGAGGAGGUGAUAAUGCGGCGAAAGCGACUUUCACGAACGGAUUGCGCGGCGGACAGAGUGGCAAGUCUCUGUCUUGUGAACUCUGCCCCGGCGGCGGUGAGCCCCCGGUGACAGAGACGAAAUGCCCGAAGGAAAUUUGGUUAGAGGGCCAAGAAAAUGAACUCCUCGUAAUUCUGCAAUCACUUCUUGCGGCAGUCCUUGCGGCAGCUUCCACUGGAGACGUCGUCACGCUCUCAGUUGACUUGGAUGUGGAAGCAUUGCCGGAGUGUCAGAGUCACGAAGGUGCUUCGUCUGAAACGUCUGGCGGGCCAAUGCGCCACGCGGCUGAUCGCCAAAGCAACAUCUUCACAGAGCGGAGACGUACCUUGAGUGGUGACCGCUACGACAACGAGAGUGCGAGGCCUUCAACCAAAACGUUCGAAGAGGGCAAGUCAAGGCGGUCAUGGCUGCCGUUUCGUUUCAGAGUCACGCUGCUCCACUGCGUUGAGCAAGAAUCCGACUUCGAGGAGACUGCGACGGUGGAACGUGGGACUUUCACGGUGACCCCUUAUCACCUGGCCAACAUCGUGCAGAGAGGCCUUGCAUCGCGUACACCGUGUGCAAUGCCAGACCAAUGGGCGGCAGAGCGUAGAGCAAGCAUGAAGCCGGGUAUGGCAGGGCACGGGGACACUGCACGGUAUAAAGCUGGUCAAGCGCCGGGUGGAGUUGGUGGAAAAGAAGUGCACCAGCGUGAAAGACUCGAGGCAAUUGCAUCGGUGAUUUGGUACUGUAAUGCGAUAAUUGAAGAGCGAUUUGGAGGCCAUCUAGGCAUAUCUCACUCUUUCGGUUCUCCGGCAAAACCUCAAGCGUCAGGCAACCUGGAGCACAUCAGAUGGAGCUGCGAGAGUGCUUCAUGUGGUCGCCAGUCAGAGGUAUACUUGCCAGUGGAAGGAGUUGGGGGACCAUCCUCCGAAUUAUCCACAGUCAGAGGGGGUGCUCGUGUCGCGACGAAUCUUGGUCUUGUGCGCGGCGGACCUCAGGAAAAGCUUUCGGUGUAUUUCGUGGUGGCGCUCCGGCAGUGCUCAUCGCCACAUGGUACCGCUGGAUCCUGUGACCCGCUUCGCUUUGUCAAAACACUGCGCGCACCCAUGCCAACAUCGGAUGAGAGACCGCCCCGUAUUGAACGCAAACGGAACCAGGAUGCUGUGCCAAGUCCACCGCAGGUUCAGGACAGUGCAAUGCACAGCUUUCCAUGGCGACCCAAAAGGCUGCCUGGAAGAGACUCACGACAACGUUCCGAAGGUAGUUUGGAACGCCGGGGGCCUAAAAGACAGGCCGAUGCGGCAAUGCCUUUCAGAGACUUCGGAAAAGCAGUCGGAAACUGCGCUGUCUUGUAUAGCGAUACCGGGUGCCCAGUCCCGCUGUUUUUUUUCACGUUCGAACCCCCCUUGAUAUCUCGUGCAGAGGGGGAUCUGGCAGACUCAGCAGCCAGCGGACGCGUUUCGCCUCCACCUGCGGCACGCAGCGGCACGUCAAGCAGGACGGACUUCAGUCCGUUCUCUCUCCUUCCGACGGGUUUUUAUGACGAGGUAGGGCCGCUAGGAGAUAUGGAGGCAGGCGACCAACUUCUGCGACGCAUGGUGCGUGCGGACGAGCAGUAUAGAAAGCUUUGGCAGCGCAGUGGGCAGACGGUGGCAGUGGAGGGCGCAGAGAAGACUGAUAUCCGGCGUGCAGCGUCGGAUCGAAAGCAACAGUUCCAGGAUCUAGCUCGAGGGCAGGGCGAUGCAAAUGGCGCUGCCGGGACGUCGUUUACUGCUGGCAGGCGCACAGCAACACGGGAGUGUCUUCUCGACCUUGCUCUCCGGAAUACAUCAAAGAAUCGUUCCAGAACUCCCGUCGCGGACUUCUUCGACAGAAGAAGCCACAAGCACGAAACUGACCCUUCCGUCAGCCCGCGUGCUUCAUCCCACAAGUUGGGCGGGAUUCAUUCUGUGUCAAGUGCGUUAGAAAAGCCAGAAGGGGAUGUGGACCCGACGCAGGUCAUGCACGAUAUCGAGCUGCGAGCAAAAAAGCAUGAUAUGCCAUGCCACCAUCCCCAACGCCUUGAAACGCCGUCUGCAUCCCCUUCGUCGGCGCCUCUGUGUGAGUGGAAGCACGUCACAAAUCAUCGAAUAACUCCUGUGGACACAGCGCAGUGGACGGAUGGUGGGGCCUCUGGGACCUCCGGCGGCGAUCCUCCGGCGGGGAAAGCGGUGCUUGGAAGAACCUUUCACGCGAGUGAGUGCGACCCCUGUCCCUCCAACGCUGCGGCAGGGAAAGAGUGCAGUUCGGAGUAUCAAAACGAUGGGAGUAGCUCAGUUGGAGAUAGAGAAUUCGCUGGAAAGAUCGGGUUCCUGCAGGCGGCUGGCCCAACGACCCUAGUGGAGCACGAAACAGCGUCCGGAGCCAGCGCAUUUCGCCUUGGAGACUUGCCUGCCCUGUCGUCCAGCGCAGACGACGAGGUGUUUUCGGCAGCCGCGGAAGCGCUCUUCGAUGUGAGCACAGGCAUAGACAGGGGGAAGCGAGAGGGUGCACACUUCCCGUGCACAAGCCAAGACGUGUCAGACAGCCCGAGAAAAGGAGUGCCUGAACGGGAGAAAGCGGUUUUGGCGACACUCUCCAGCACAGAAAAUGUGGAAGGUACAGGCUGUGGACGCCAGCAUCAGCAGGGGUGCAGUGGCAAACGAAGAGAAACGGAAGAGAGAGAGCCGGGCACCACUCACGGAGGGACGACGAGGCCUUGCGGGGAGCCGCACGCUUUGACACAAGCCGAUGCCGAUUGCCGUCCACGUGCGGGGCUGGCAUCCGGCGUCGGCCGUGGCCUGUCGAUACAGCCGAACUCAAACAGUUUUGUGGGACCGCCCUCCCGUUGCCUUGCAUUGGCAGGCGGGCCACAUCUAGAUGUCGUAGAUGAGGAGCAGAACACGUGGCCUGCGGCAGGCGGCUUCAACGCGGAAGGGCUGCCAAGCUGGGAGACCCAGACGCGUUGCACACGCUGCGACCCCGUGUGCCGUCGCGAGAUGUGUCGGGUCCGACAAGCAAAAGUAGAUCAGGGGGAAGCAUUUCAGGCGACUUCCGGGGACCACGAGCGCCACUUGUCGAAACACGGGCCACACGAGGCCAGCCAGCCCACGAUUGGAGACACGAACGAAAGAGACACUAGGACGGGUGGCCUCCAUGUAAGCGAGAACGACGACGGCUACGAAACGCGACUUCAACGCCCCUCCACUUUUCAUGUCUAUGCACAUGCGAUAAGCGCACCGGAUGGCGAGAUGUGUGCUGCGAAGCAUGCAGCUGGUCCCCAUCGUCAUGCAGAAAGGGGUGCCGAGGGAGUACGGCGAGACACCUUUAGUGAUGAACUGAUUUGCGUAGGCAUCAAAGGCCAUGAUGCCACAGGUACUGCUUUGUUCCACUUAUUGCCCAUGCGGCGUUCAGAUGCGAAAUCUUGUUCGCUUCAAGGUGAGCGUCUAGGCUUAUCCACGGGACAUCUUCAGACUUCGUCUGCCGUAGAUCCCUCAGCCGCAUGGGCACAUUCUUUGGAGGAUUCAUACGCGUGCUACGUCCCUUCCUUUGAGACUACCCACAAGUUGCCGCGCCACGAGUCUAACUCUGAUUUGGGCUAUGACCCGAACUGCGUGUGGGGUCGCACGCGUAGCGACGAGCCGCGCGAGCACACAAGAGCGGGGUUGUCUCCGCGGGAAGCUAGCCAUGUCAUCUCGGAGACUGGUAGCGACGAACUAGCCGUCCUGACGCGAGACAGGUCAGUGGAGGAAACGGGCAUUUCCGAAGUGGGUCUGAGACGGAUAGCCCAUAUUCCCUUCGGCGCGCGGCCAUGUCUGCGACGCGAAAAUGAGCAGUUAAAGCGCGGGGGGAUGCUCGAGGCAGCCGGUCACACACCGGAGGACUCCGCGCAUCAGGAGGCGCAUGAAGCAAAAACGCAAUUGAGCCAUGCGCAGUGUCCAGCUGGAGCGCACCUGCAAGAAGAGACAAGACCGGAGUCCCGUCUUGGUGAGCGGGAGCUUCCGCCACCUCGUAGUGAGACCGCACACACUGGCGCUGCACCUUGCGCUCAAACACAGACAGAGCCGGUCCUGGGGUCGUCUCAGGUACCGUGCAAAGGGCUGUGUACACCACUGUCUCCGGAUGUGUGUUGCGGCAAGCCGCGGAUGGUGCAGGAAGGGCAAGGUGCGGUUGAGGCGAAUGGUGCGCCAUCAUUGGCGUACCAUUCGCUAUCGCUACGAGGACAGGCUAAUGCUCUCCCGAGGCACCCAUCGUCUGGAGCGGACGGGCAAAUUGCAGAUGCCGCUUGCGCGGAUAUUCGACAUGGAUCGGCUCCAUCUUGCAGUAGAUCACCCAUUCAUGCUCGCCGUUAUUUGGCACCCUUGCAGACCGAGUUCCGCCAUGAUACGAAUGCCUCUUCACGUGCUGCUCCCAGCGGUGACUUGAACCAGGUUACGGACGGUGAGCACGAACGAACGUGGGCUCAACUUAAGCGGGAGCAGCAGCAGUUGCGCGUGCAGCUGCAGCGAACGGAGGGGCUGUUAGAAUAUCUCGCCGCGCGUCGCCAGAGGAGCGAUCCCGCCGAAGACUCUGAAGCCGCCGACAAGAGGCAACUCGAUACCUCGGGCUCGGAUACAGGAAACACAGAUCUGACAACAGACGUGAAAAACAGUGUACAAGAGGGAGUAGUGUACGACGAAGAUGACGAACCCCAUCAAAAUGACGACGACGAAUGUGAUACGGCGUCCUUCAUUCUGACGCGUUCCCUCGAUGCCGAUGGUCAUGGUAAGAUCGUGCUGGCGGCGUCACGGGGCUGGCCGCCCAGUCGAUCUAGUUGCUGUAGCAGCCGGGACUCUUCUUCUGCGUUAGAGCCUUGCCAUUCUUUGGCAUCUCAUUUGGACGAGUCUACAUGGGAUCGGGCCUGUUUCCGAGGUUUUUCAGGAACAGAAGAGGAGCUGUUCCCCUCAGCGCGAGCGAGGGAGGAAUUUGGACUUCCACGCGGGAAGGCGUUCCCCCAGCCGCCCGUGGUAUGGGGUCGACAGGGAGCGAUAGGUGCAAAUGGGACUCCCAUGAUCGUACCGCGAAGGCUUGGCGCAGCCGCGGCAGAGACCGCCCAAGAGAGAGCCGACCCUCGUGUUUUUUCUGGGGCAAAGCAACCGACACAGUUGGGCGUAUAUGGUACCCCCAUUACAGCGGUAAGAAGUGUGGGUUCACGAAAACAGUACAGCGAAGGAGGGGAGCUCUGCGCGUCCGCCGUUGCAUCUUUGUGGAGCGCACGUAAUUCAGCAGGCACAGGCGAACAGAGACGGGAGGAUGUGAGGGAACGCGAGCGUGGUUCACGGGCCGCGGAAAUACCGAUGGGUUUCCACGGCACACCAAUGACAGAACCGCGGCUAGCCCGGAGAAGGGGCUCGUCAGGGCAAUGA